AUGGCGAGCUUUGAGGGGAGAGUUUCGUAUUCGUCCCUUCCUAAGAUAGACAAACGCCAAACCCAAUUCCGCUAUGAUGAUGAAUUCAUCGGCUCCGAAUGGACCGAGCCAGAAGACGGUGCUAAAGUUAGUUACCCCCCAUUAGCCUCCAAGCCCUUGAAACAAGAUUAUGCAUUCCAGUUUCCCCUUGAAUCCGAAGAUUUUAUUGAUGGCAGCGGAUAUGAUUCUAGCGAGGAGCCUUGUGAUUCAGCUCAGACUAAUAUGAAUCCCGAGGUCAACUUGAAGAAUGUGCUGAGUGGGAUGGUUGCCAUUCUGACUGGUCGGAACAAAGCUCCGGGUCCUCCAUCAGACAAGCAGCUACCCAAUUCGAAUGUUUCAUUUCUGGGCUCAGAAAAGAAUGGUGAAACCUACUUGCACUCCUCGGUCUACACACCCAGUGCUCCACCCCUUCUUGAAACAACUGCGUUUGAUUAUAAUGCGUACAAAGAUGUUUUGGAGGCUGAGCCCCCUGAGUGGCUUCCUGAUAGUUCGACUACAGUUUGCAUGCAGUGCACUUUUCCUUUCACUGCUCUUACUCGUGGGAGACAUCAUUGUCGCUUCUGUGGUGGUGUUUUCUGCCGAACAUGUAGUAAAGGAAGGUGCUUGUUGCCUGUCAAGUUUAGGGAGAGGAAUCCACAAAGGGUCUGUGAUGCCUGCUAUGAUAGGCUAGACCCUUUGCAGGGUAUUCUUAUCAACAACAUUAGCAAUGCUUCACAAGCAGCAAAGCAUGAUGUCAUGGAUUGGACAUGUACAAGAGGAUGGUUAAAUCUUCCUGUUGGUUUUUCCAUGGAACAUGAAAUAUACAAAGCAUCCAACACAUUGAGAAGUUAUUCUCAGGUUGCUAGGUUGAAUCCUGAGAGGUCCAUACCCUUAGCUGUUCUCAGAGGAGCCAAAGGCCUGGCAAUCUUAACAGUUGCUAAAGCUGGAGUGCUUCUUUCAUACAAACUUGGUACUGGUUUGGUAAUUGCUCGAAGGUCAGAUGGAUCAUGGUCUGCUCCAUCAUCCAUAUUUUCUGUUGGCUUAGGAUGGGGUGCACAGGUUGGGGGUGAGCUCAUGGACUUCAUAAUUGUACUUCAUGACUUAAAAGCUGUGAAAACGUUUUGUAGUCGCAUGCAUUUUUCUCUUGGUGCUGGCUGUAGCGUUGCCGCAGGACCUAUUGGUAGAGUGCUGGAAGCAGAUAUGCGUGCUGGAGACAGAGGUUCUGGAAUGUGCUAUACCUACAGUUGUAGUAAAGGUGCAUUUGUAGGAGUAUCACUGGAAGGGAACAUUGUGGCCACAAGGAUGGAUACCAAUCUACAAUUUUAUGGUGACCCUUACCUGACGACUUCGGAUAUACUACUCGGAACAGUGGACAGACCAAAGGCUGCUGAGCCCCUGUAUACCGCACUUGAAAACCUCUACUCCAGUCUACAGUGCUAG